AUUUAUGCGACCUCAAGGGGAAUACUGUUAUUAUAUUACCCUGUUCGAAUUCCCUCACCGGAGAGGAGGGAACACGUCUCUCGAGAAGGAACCUAGUGAGAGAAAGAGAGAGAGAGAGAGAGAGAGAGAGAGAGGGGGGGUGGGGCGGAAGAGUUCGCCGGAGAUGAUGGAGGCGAACGCGACGGUGGCGGUGGCGGUGGCGGCGCCGUCGAUCGGAGGCUCGCCGGAGGUGGUGUCGCCGCCGGGGAAGGAGCAGCAGGUGGCGGGGGCGGGGAUCCUGCUCCAGAUCUCGAUGUUGGUGCUCGCCUUCGUCCUCGGCCACCUCCUCCGCCGCCACAAGUUCUACUACCUCCCCGAGGCGAGCGCUUCCCUCCUCAUAGGAUUACUUGUUGGAGCGCUUGCGAAUAUAUCAAACACGGAAACCAGUAUCAGGGGAUGGUUCAAUUUCCACGAGGAGUUCUUCUUCCUGUUCUUGUUGCCUCCUAUCAUAUUUCAGUCAGGAUUCAGCUUGGCACCGAAACCGUUCUUUUCCAAUUUUGGAGCUAUUAUCACAUUUGCUAUUCUCGGAACGUUCAUUGCGUCAAUUGUUACGGGUAUUUUAGUGUACCUAGGAGGUUUGGUGUUUCUCAUGUAUAGACUACCACUUGUUGAGUGCCUCAUGUUCGGUGCUCUUAUCUCAGCAACUGAUCCUGUCACCGUGUUAUCUAUAUUUCAGGAACUUGGCACUGACGUGAAUCUCUAUGCCUUGGUUUUUGGAGAGUCUGUUCUAAAUGAUGCAAUGGCGAUUUCCUUAUACAGGACCAUGUCAUCUGUAAGAAGCAAUGAUUCUCCAGGGCAGAAUUUUUUCCUAGUUGUGCUGAGGUUUCUUGAGACAUUUGUUGGAUCAAUGACUUCAGGUGUCGGGGUCGGAUUUGUCUCUGCUCUACUAUUUAAGUAUGCGGGGCUGGAUGUUGAAAAUCUUCACAAUUUGGAGAGCUGUCUUUUUGUCCUGUUCCCAUACUUCUCGUACAUGCUAGCUGAGGGCCUUGGCCUCUCUGGUAUAGUUUCGAUAUUGUUCACUGGCAUCAUAAUGAAGCACUAUACAUUUUCAAAUUUGUCAGAAAAGUCUCAAAAUUUUGCUGCUGCUUUUUUCCACUUGCUGUCAUCAUUAGCUGAGACCUUUGUAUUCAUAUACAUGGGCUUUGAUAUCGCCAUGGAGCAGCAUAGUUGGUCCCAUGUUGGGUUUAUUUUUUUCUCAAUUCUUUUCAUAGUAGUUGCGAGGGCUGCAAAUGUCUUUUCCUGUGCUUACUUGGUGAACUUGGUACGGCCAGCACAUCGUCAAAUACCUGUGCAGCACCAGAAAGCACUUUGGUAUAGUGGACUAAGAGGGGCGAUGGCUUUUGCCCUUGCUUUGCAGUCUGUUCACGAUCUUCCCGAAGGACAUGGUCAGACGAUUUUCACUGCCACCACAGCAAUUGUGGUUCUAACUGUACUUUUGAUUGGCGGUUCUACGGGAACAAUGCUUGAAGCUCUAAACGUUGUUGGGGACAGUUGCAAUCAUCCUUUAGAAGAAAAAAUGGAGGGAAACAAUGGCAACAUUGAGUUACUAUAUGAUGAGGGAACUUCAUCCGGAAGCAGGCUAAAGAUGAAACUCAAAGAGUUCCACGAAAGCACUGCAUCUUUCACAGCAUUAGACAGAAACUAUCUCACUCCCAUUUUUACUUCUCAAAAUGACGACCAUGAUGAUGAGGAUCCUGCAGAUGAAGUGCCCCAAAAUUCUAGAAGAUCCAGAGGUUUCCGAGAUCAUGGGUGAAAGAAUGGUGCUUUUGUUAUCAGCUUGUAGCAAGGAAUAGGACUCAUCGCUACAGUUUGGUUGAGCACCCUAUUGUUUUUAGGAGAGAUAAUAGGUUAUGUGAAAAAAAGAAGCUACUGACGGCAAAGCAUAUAGUCUCUACAGGAAAUGGACACUGGUAGGUUUGUUGUCCACAUGUAAAUAUGAACUAUAGCAAAUACUAAAAGCAACGAAUAACAUUUCUAUACAUGUGAUCAGAUUGAGCAAGCAUUUUAGUUGUGCUUGGUCUUUUAGUCA